AAAAAAGUCGUCUGUAGAUGAAGGCCUCCAAAUCCAAAUCCAAAUCCAGAGAUGUUUGCAUCAAUCGGAAUCGGUUAUCGUGUGACUAACUGCCAUCUUCUCGUCGACCUCAACCACCUCUCGACCUCCAACUGAACCUUGACCUCUCAUCCUCGACACCUCGACACCUUAGUCAUGUUACUAAUCUUCUUGACCUCUCAGUCUCAAGAACGACCAUGAUCUCGAUUAACGAACAUCUAAAUCGACUACUUCCCUAUCGUCUUCAAAAAUUGAGUUCCUCCUCCACAAAAAAUUUAGGAGAUUGUGGAGCCCCACCUUUUGAUCCAGCAUGAUUCUUGAUAACAAGUGAAAGCGAAUAAGCAUGUUUUUAACAACGACAAGAACUAUUCGAUCUACAUGAUCUAGCAAGAACAACAUCUAGCGAGUCUCGAUUAAGUGUUGCAUCGUAUCCUCUAGCUGUAACUCUUACAACUUCACAUCACAAGAGCCAGAUAAUUGCCAGAACAGCACCCACAAGUUGUACAACUCCUAGUAUUAUUAAGCACCACAAUAAUCAACUACAACAUUUUCAGUGAAUUACACCACCAUUUCGUCCAAUUACACCACCGACAACUAUUACAACCACAACGACAAGAUGAAAUCCUCUUCGAACAACCCUUCCACCCUCUCCGCCUCUAGAUCCGCUCCGAGGACCACCCUCAGAGCGGGUCGACAGCACAAGGGUGCAGCUCGGGUUACCGUGAUGAAGAUGAAGAUCCUAUCUGUGGCCUUUUUCGUUUUGGAGGACUUUGUCCACGGUCGCAGACGCCGUCGUUAUGGGGGCUACAAAAAUAGUGAUCAAUGUAGGUCUAGUUGGAGUUCUUGAAACAAGAGAGCAUGAGCAUCGAUCUGAAUCCUGAUGUCCGUAUUAAUCUUGUUCUAGUAUUAAUCUUGUUCUUUCGUUUCAUCCAACCCGUGAUGUUAUUACGAUCUUCACAACUACUUACUUACAAUUACAUAGUGAUAGUAAGCAUUGUCUGAUGAAAAUGAUGAACACCUUUCGGACGCUUUUACUUCUUGCUUGUGGUCUACUGAUGUGUACUUAGUAAAAAUAUUCUCUCCAACUCCCUCUUUUCCGUUGGCGCGCUGCCGAAAAUCCGAAUAUUUCACUGUGUCCUCAUGCGAUACUAGCACUCGGAAUGUUGACAUCUGGCGAACAGAAGAGUGCCACGCUAAAGGCGGCUUAUGUUAAGACUGGUGUCAAGAAUUCUAAUGAAGAUUGAGAAUGUGAAUGGGAUCAUCCAUGAUUUCAUGUUGAUGUCUAUCGUGUAAUGUAGAAGCUGAAGCGUGAUUCUUCUUGUAAGGACUAUGCUUUUCAUUGAGUAGUAAGGAUACAACACGAACUCUGUAUCAUCGAGUACUUGAGAAGAUGAUCAACAUUGAUAAAAUUAUACAAGAACAGAUGCAGCGUCAGUGAUGUCUACUAGAAGUAGAUUUUUUAUGGCGCGAGAGUUUUUACGUGCUGUUCUUGUAGGUCAUCUUGAUUAAAGUGUUGUACCAAGAAGGAGUAUUUCUUAAUCCACACUCUAACUACCCGAACGAGUAUGAAGGACUGCAGAGUCAACUUGCGCAAAGUGCUGACAUAGACAACGAAAAGGAACUAAAAGAGGAAAUCGCUAGGGAAGCAGAGGACCUGAUGUUAAGGUUUUUCGCCAUUACUUUUACUUCAAGAGCCGGCCUUCGUCAAGUUCAUCAAGUUCAAGUGAUGAACAUGUUGCUGGACAAAGACACCAGUCUUCGUGAAGAAGAUUUCUACUUAUUUACAACGACCUCUCUUCUAAUCCCACUAGGAAUCGAAACGCAUACUGCUGAGGAGGGGGCAAGGAUCACGCAGUACAUGUCACAAAAAGGUGUCUGCUUAUGGCUGUCAAGAACUACAUUUUUGAAAUCAAGUGCUAGCUCAUGGCUGUCAAGAACUACUAUGUACUAGCAGUAGAAAUGGGUCUUUUUUGUAUCUAGUUCAGGUGGUCGUCACAUAUGAUUAUAAAACUACAUACUAAAAAAGGUAGAAGAAAUUAUAGGUCUUGUUCUUGUUUGUAUCUAGGUCUUGUUUGUAUCUAGGUCUCGUUUGUAUCUAGGUCUUGUUUGUAUCUAGGGCUACUUGUUUGUAUCUAGGUCUUGUUUGUAUCUAGGUCUUUUUUGUAUCUAGGGCUUGUUUGUAUCUAGGGCUUGUUUGGAUUCAAUUAUGAAACCGUAUUUGUACUAUGACAAAAAUGCUGGUUCUUGCACGUCCUCCUUGGGGCGCUUCGCCCGCGCUCGUUUCGACACGUCGAGUGAAGAUUCGGCAACGGCAACCUAAAUCCUAUUCUUGCAUCUUCUUGGUUCCCGCGACCACCUGAAGAAGACAAGUGCGUCGUUUUCCUCUUCUUCUAGAGGGAGAUGAGAUGAGUAAUCCAUGGUAGAGCUGAUUUCCAAAAAGCACUGUCUGUGAUGUUGUUGUUGAAGAUCUCAACACGUUACGCCAACAACUCUAGUGUCAGACAUCACAACCUCUAACGUACGGCAAGAAAUACGAUGAUCGUAUGCAUAAUCUGCUCGACUUUAAGCCUGAUGAUGAGACAGAUGGCAAGAAAUCCCCUUCCUUCCUGGAGAAACGAAGAACUUCUACAAGAAGAACCUCUACAAGAAGAACUUCUACGCUUAAGGCAUUUCAUCUUCUAGUACUUCUCUUAUCUCUACUUGUUCUGUUCAGUAAGUCUAAGAACUAAAUAAGAUUAUGUUGUAAUCAUGAGUUGCAGUUGUUUCGUGGUCGUCCGCUGUUUUUUUGAAUGGGAGCGGGAGCUCGAGCAUCUUCUUUACUGAAGGAGCUCUGAUAUAAUGUAAGUACUGCUUCUUGUUCUUGCUAAAGAACAUCAAGAAGGUAGUUGGUGUACUAGAGUAACUACUUCGUCGAAAUAAACCACGUCUUAGCAUACCCAUACUCUGAGUACUAAACAAGAAUCAUUAUGACAUAGUUGUACUCUCCUGUCUUCUAAUAGCAACAAGAAGAAGCUUCAGAAGAUGAAAAAAGGUGACGCUCAGCAGAACGAUGAUGAACAAAAGGACGCGGAGGAGGACGCUCACAAGAAGGAUGAACAAAAGGACGCGGAGGAGGAGGAGGAGGAUCCGGAAGUAGAGAAAUACAUGAACCGAAAAGUUAAGACCCACUACGACUAUCCACGCAAACUACUACAACCCAGAUCCUUUAAUAACCUUAUUAUAGUAGAAGGAUAACAAUGAUUUACAGAACGGACGUAGGUGGAUGGACUUGGAAGGAUCGGAUGGAUCGGAAGAUGGACGACCCCCCUAAAUCUUCGGGUCCUACUUGAAAUGACUAGCGGACCGCGCAAGUCCAUCCGUUCCGUCUCAUCCUGAAUCCAAUCCGACAACUCUAUAAACUGGUCUAUUAUAAUACACAUAAGUAGAAUGAUUCCGAUUUUUACGUUUACCACGUACUGCUUUGCUCCAUCCUCUACUCGUGCAAGAACUAUUUAUAGUUUCGGACGACUAGCUACAUUAAUUUUCCCUACUUGUAUGAUGCGACUCUUCAUUGAGAGCGAAGAAGAAGAUAUGGGAAAAGGAAUGUCGUUCCUAAGUAAGAAGGUAAAGGGGGGUGGACGCCAUUCCCCUAAAUCGAUAUUCCCAAUGAGUGAAAACGUCCACUACUACAAAUCAACACGACUUGCUACGUGGUUCGAAUGAAUGAAUACCUACAACUAGUACAAAAAUUGUUCAUUCUUCUAACCAUCUGAAAAAUAUUCCCACCGAUGCAUGGAACUUGGAGAACUGGAAGGAGGUGGCUAAGCAAUGCUGUCCCCCAGAUCUGUCUCAAUCGAAGCGGCGGGGUCGCGCGUGCGCUUGCACUAAAAACGGUUCUUGCUGUGGUGGUGCAAAAGAGGAUGCUCCGGAAGGGGAUUCAAAGUAGACUACACCAUUCAAGUCUUGUAGAAGACGUCGUGUGGAGGCAUGAAGAUCCAUCGUGGUAUAUUAAUACUAUAAUUUUUACGACCGUCGUAGUUUACUAGUGGGUCGUGGUUUAGUCGUGUUAGUACUUAGAAGGACUGGUAGGGUAGAAGUUUCCUAUUUCUCGGGAGGACAAGAACGAACGCCGGACGAGGCUUACGGAUGAAGGUGCUGGAAGCUAAGGGAGUGAUGAAAAAGGAAAGACGGGGUGGUAAAAAAACCUGUUGCAACGCCUUCUCUUGAUGUGCAACUGCCAUGUUCUUGAAAUAGUGGAAAAACAAGUACUAGAACAAGAACAAUGUAGUUGUCAUUACAAGAAAUCGUUUAGUUAGCCAUGCACUUGAACUUGACAAUGACAUGCUUAUCGUUAUCUCAGGAGGACCAAGAUGAACGACAAGACCCAGAACUUCAUAAAUAAAUGUUCAUAGCGUGACAACUUCGUAAAAAUCAGAAUCUUCCAUGAAGAAUCAUCGGGAUGUCAAUUUAUGACAAAGAACAACAUCUGGAUAUUAGUUUACUGUAUUCAUCAAAAACUCUGAUAUCAAGGAAUAUCAAUAUCUUCAAUAUCAAAAGGUCUAAAAAUGUAAAAAAACCUAUUGUGACUUGCUUGACGUAUCUAUGAUGUAAUGAAUAUCAAAUAUCAAUUCUCAGAAGCAACAAGAACGAUCAUUGGAUACAUUUAAUCAUAAUUUAUGGAAAAUAUUACACCUGAACCUGAUUAGGAUUACAGCAUCAAUUGUAACUUAUCCCAUUUGGCACAGCGAAAAGCUAAGUUGUACGCAAAUACGAUGAAUCACGAAGAGCUACUAUGCAACUAGUACGUAAAAACAAGUUGUAACUACAAAGAUGAUGAGUUGCACGACAGGACAAAAAAUUCUAGCGAUACUGUGAACCCAAGCAGACUCAACGAAUGUACACAUCUUCAUUGUCU